CUCGCGCGCACGUGACGGUUCCGGCCCCGCCGCCGCCAUGGCCGCCCGGCUGCUGCCCGCUGCCAAGUUUCUGGUCAAAGGAGGCCUGGCUGGAGCUGCUGUGUACGUGGCAUACGACCAGGGGCUGCUGGGCAGUGGCAUAGAAGGUGCUGAAGCCCUGAAAAAAGCUCAAGAAACGCUGCCUCCAGCUAUCCAAGAGUGGACAGAUUACCUGGGCUGGGAGCUCCCAGCCACUCCAAAAAUUGACUUUUCCCUCUCUGCUUCCUGGAAUAAAGGGGUGCACACAGUCAUGGGUGCCUUGUCUGCAGCUCCCAGCAGGGCCUGUGAGUACACAGUGGAAGGCUGGAAAUAUGUGAAGGAUCUCAUGAAAUGAACACGUUCUCCAGAGCUCAGGAUUCUCUCCAUCUCCACCUCUGGAGGGCAGCUCAGCCGUGUAAGGGCUACAAUAAAAGACUUUGGUGGAACUUU